AAUGAGUCAGUACUUUGAAAAAAAACUAGAACAGGAUGAUGUUACUAACUCCGUCCUUUGAUAACAAAUUCUCUUUAACACAAUUUACAGAACAACAUUAUUUCAUCAAUGUCAGUUUAUAAUCUCCAGAAUGUCGCCAACAAAAUAGGGCUUUGUCUAAAAACUUUUAGUAAUUAUCCGUCAUUACGGCUUUUAACAUAAUUUUCUUGACAGACAUACUUGUUUGCCAGCGGCAGAUUGUGUUAAUUACCUAGUUUAUGUUUGAAUAAACGAAAGAAGAUUACAUUACGACAAUAAAUCAUCUAAUCAUAGUAUUUUUUCUUACUGCCUCUUCACAGAUUAUUAAAAGAUUGUAAAAAAAAUGUAAACGCUGCCAAAAAAAUUAUAAAACAAAUACACGCGUGCAAAGACAACAUAACCAUUCAGCCUAGUACAUAAACAAUAUUAUUAUGUGUGAAAUCCAUCACAAUGCAUGAAAUAACGAUCAAUUAGCGCAAACAGUCGAACAAUGAUGCCAAUCAUCUCGGUCGAGCGAACUAAAUCUGUUUUUGGAUGAGUUUUGGUAUGUCAGCCGCGUCACACGCCGAAUGUCAUUGGAUUUAUAAAUACAAUCAGCUCCAGAAAUAGGUGGCUACAGGUUUUCCAGGCGAACCGACCUAAAAUAAAGCAGCCUGGAUUCGUUAACAAUAUAAUUGUCUCCACUUGGUACGUGCAACGAACUAGUGAGCGUAAGAAGUUUGUUAGUGGUUUUUAUAAAGUAAAUACUUGUGGCCAUGGAUGAUGAGGAUGUACAACAGUUUUCUUUGCGCUGGCACAAUCAUCAGGUAGAACAGCUUGAUUGGAGCCCUAGGUCGUAUGUUGAGUUCGGGAGCCCUGACUGACGUCACAUUGAGCGCCAGCGGGACUUCUGUGAAGGCCCAUAGACUUGUGCUAGCAUCUUGCAGCCAAUACUUCGCUCAACUUUUUAAGGAGGUGGAAGCUGAAAACAACACACUCGUUGUGGUGCUCGGGUGUGAGGCUACUGAACUCCGUCUGCUCCUCACUUUCAUGUACACCGGAGAGGUGACAGCCUCCAAGAAGAUCCUCCCGUCCCUCCUUCGACUUGCACAAACCUUGAAGGUUUCUGGACUUACGGAUGCCGAUACGAACUCAUCACUAACAACGACUGAAUCCGAAACUCCAGACGAAUAUCAUAGAACAAAUAUACCUGAAUCUCCAGUUAAUCUUGAAGUCAAGAGCGAGCCAGCACCCCAAGUCAUUAACGACAACUCCAGCUCUAGUUCCAAACUCAAUUACGAUGACAUAAUAUCACCAACCAAUGAAAAGGCAGGGAGUUUUGCCGACUUUAUGGGUAAAAGUGAAAAGGAUCGACUAAGCAAAUUGGAUCAAAUCGUCCAAAAUUUGUAUAGCACGCACAAGAUUGGCAACCCUACUGCUACUCUGGUGAAUUCUGGAGUUACAGAAAUACCAGAGUACGACAGAAAAUGGCGGAUGAAUAGCUCGGUAUGUACAAUCUGCAACAAGAGGCUGUCGAACCAGUACAACCUGCGCGUGCACAUGGAGACACACGCCGGACGCCGCCACGCGUGCCGCGCAUGCUCACAUGUGUCACGGUCCAGGGACGCAUUGAGGAAACAUGUCGCCUAUAGACAUGCUCCCCCGCAACACAGGGCCGGACGAGGCGACAUGUGAGCGAAUUUGCAACAGUUUUAUUGUCAAUGGGCCCUACCGUAUUUUUCCUCUCUAGAUCACGCAAGGUUCUGUUAUCCAAUCACAACAGCUGUCAAAUAUUAAACGUCCAAUGUAGAGAGACUAACUAAUUUCCUAUUGGACGAAAAACGAGAUGACGACAUUAGCGACAUCUAGCGAGAACAAAUAUACAGUAUGCUCCAUGGAGUUUCCUUUCUUAUCUGCAUAUUAUAGCAUAUUAUAUCGUGAAACAUAUCAAAUUAAUUAAACUGUACAGUUUACUUAAGUAACUAGCUUCAUUUUUGACAUUUUAAAAAUACCUACAUAUAUAUAAUAAAGCUUAGACUCCUACUACAACUGAUGGAUCGUCAGUGUCGACAAUUUUUGACCACUAGAUGGCGCCAGUGUCCUCGUUUCGAUUUUCAUCCAAUAGGGAAUUAGCUAAUAUGACACCAUUAGACAUUCAGUAUUAGACAGCUACAGUGAUUGGACAAGGAAAGCUCUUACUACAUUUGCGCUAUUUGGUGACCAAAAAACGGUAAUCCCCAUUGCGGUGUGCUAAUUCUGCUAUGAAUGUAAGCCCCCAGUGUAGCUUGAAACUUAUUGAAUGACUCCGUACGAGUUACGAGAGUAAGUCAUACAAAUUAAUUUAUUUAUUCUGUAUUUUGUUAACCAUGUCCCUUAAUUUUCUUGUAAUUUAUACGAAAAAAUAUUUUUUGGUUUCCAAAAAUAAUGCUCAUAUAUAUUAUAUACUGAAGACUUAUUUAUGACAUUUCCACUCAAUUAGAAAAAGCGAAUUGAUGAAAAAUCAUAAUAAUUAUGGACAAUAAUUAAUAGUAAUUUGAUAAAACUAAAUACUUAUUUACACUUGUGUCAAACUUAUAAAGCAACAGUUCAUAAAAGUUAUUUUAACUUUUUUAAAUAUUUGAGCGAAGAUCAAUUUCCAAAUACACAAAUCACAAUUAUUUGAUACCAUCAAAAUCAUAAUAAUAUUAGUUAAUGAUAUUUUAUAUUAAUGUUAUUUAGUAAAUUACCAAAUAAUAGUACCCUUUAGUUACUGAUUUUUUUUAAAGGUGUGACUACAAUAUUGAGUGUUUGCGAGCAUUAAAUUCGAGCAUUAAUCCUCAGAGUAAAAUUUUAUGCUCAUGCUUUUAAUGAGUCAGACAGAAUAGAACUAUUUUUCUAAUGCUCAAAAAUUAAUGCUUGCACCAAUGUCACACGCUACAAGCAUAAAAUAUUAAAUUUUAUUCGAGUAAACUCGACUAAAAACUCUUGAAUACCCACCGAAGGUAUUUAUUACCAAAGUAAAUAAAAAAGACGUUUUUUUCUUUAACUUUUUUUGAGUGUAAUAUUGUUUUUUAUCAUUUCAUUAAUUGUUUUUUUAUUUUUUGUCUACGACGCCAUAAAUAUAUUUUGUUUAUUCGACCUUAUUGAUGCGUGAUAAGGUCGUAAUAUCGUAAAUAAAUAAAUAAAUAAAUAAUGGCGAAUUUGACCGCUGCGUUACAUAGAACAAUUUUACAAUGCUAGUAAUUUUUACUCUGUAUUUAUUAUCCAUAUAAAAGAUAUUUUUAGGAAUGUUGUGUAACAAAAUAUUCAAUUUAUUUUAUAAUACUAUGUCCAGGACGUUGAA